UCGGUUACGAAAGCGGAAGAAGAGCGUCUGGGCUGCCGUAGUUAGCUGCCUGUGGGUUCGGUUCGGUUCUCUCCUUUCUCGCCGAAAUGCCUUGAGUUCCUCGAGAUUACGCUGCGUGAACGAGAACACGCAGCUGCGGGUUUUGCUGCUCCGCCUGUCAUUCCUCAGACGUGGACCUGAGGAGAAGCGAACCGUCCUCACCGAGGGAGCGGCUCCCUGGGCUCCCCAACGACCCGCCGAGAAAUGCUGGUAGAGCCGAGCCGCUGAGGGAGACCUGUAGACCGGCUUGGAAGGAGGCUUCGCCAAAUAUAAUCGGUGUCAGACUAAAAACAUGCUGGCUGGUAACAGGAAACGACACCGGAGCUGUGACAGCGCUGAAGACCGACAGCUGAUCCCUCAGGCCAAGAGGUCAGGAGGAGACCCCAGCCUGCUGCUGUCAGACCUGGACUCAGAGUCUUCCAGCAGCGACAGCAGCAAUGGAGUCAGCAGUCCAGAAAGAGCAUUAGAGGCCAGCACGAAUCCAGGCGCUCACCACCAGCAAUACAGCUCUAGAGCGGAGUGCGAGGAGUCUGCCAGCUCCUUUCAGCACUGUCUCCAUGGCCAUGGGCAAAGCGCCUCCUACGACUACAUCAACAGAGUUCUGCGUGAGGCGCACUUUAGCAGCCUCCAGACCAGAGGGUGCCCCGGCUCCACGUGACCCCUGACCUCUUCUGUCGUCUUUCAGCGUUGAUUCUGAAGCCUCCCACAUGAUCACAGCAGUCAGAGGGGACUUCAGAGGCACCUGUGGGUCUAAUGUUUGGUUUAUCAUUUGUUGAGACCAUAAGCACAUCCGCCUUUCCAUGGCCCAGCCACUGUGUUUUCUUUUUCCUGUGCUGUGUUGAUGUGUCGGUGGGAGUGUGUAUAUGCACCCUGUGCACUUUAUCCAGGAAUUUCAUUCUUUUUACAUGCGUGCAUCGGUGCAUGGAUGUUUUCCAUUGGUGCUAAUGACAACAGAAGUGCGACGAUCCAAAGUGCUUGUGAAUUUAAAUAAAGUUAUGCACUUUAUUCCAAUCGUUAA